UCUUGAUCUCAGUUGUUCCUUCCUGUCAUCACCAGCACCUUGAAGAAAUCGAAUGCUCGGGCAGGGCUUCUACUUCUCUGACCGUUAUUGUGUUGAAUGAUACUGUGUAUCAAUCCAUACUGUGCUAGCUGCAAAGACGGUGGUGUGCUCCAUACUACGUUGUAACAGUUUAUACAUUCACACUGGUGAUGUCUGGUCCACAGGUGGUUCUGGUCACUGGCUCCACACGUGGCCUGGGGUUAGCCAUAGUGCAGGCGUUGUGCCAGGGCUUUAAAGGGGAUGUGUAUCUGAGUGCCCGGGACGUCCAGAGGGGGGCCAUUGUUGUCGAGGAUCUGCAGAGGGAGGGACUCAAGCCCAGACUCCUCCAGCUGGACAUCACAGACCCGGUCAGCAUCCAGGCGGCCCGGCAGCAUUUCAUGAAGGAGUACGGGGGUCUGGAUGUGCUGAUCAACAACGCAGGCAUCGCCCCAAAACGAGGUGACCCUGCAUCCUUUGGCAGCCAAGCAGAACGCAUUCUCCAAACCAACUUCUUCGCCACCAGAGACAUGUGCAAUGAAUUUCUCCCUCUCCUGAAGAAAGAUGGGAGGAUAGUGAAUGUUGCCAGCAUCGUGGGCUAUAUCACCCUCUAUAUGUGUUCUCCGGACCUCCAGGCCAGGCUCUGCAGUGAUGACAUCACAGAGGAGGAGCUAGUGGCUCUGAUGAAGCGCUUUGUUGCUGAGGCCAAAGCUGGAGACCACAUCAACAAGGGCUGGCCAAAUUCAGUCUAUGGGGUGUCCAAAAUAGGCCUGAUGGCCCUUACCCGGAUCCAGGCCCGCAGGCUAAGAAGAGAGAUGCCUCAGAGAGGGAUUCUGAUAAACUCCUGCUGCCCGGGCUGGGUGAAGUCUGACAUGACCUAUCCCAACGGGACCAAGACGCCUGCGGAGGGGGCUGACACACCUGUGUACCUGGCGCUGUUGCCUCCAGCAACACAGGAGCCCCAGGGGGAGUUUGUGGUAGAUAGACAGGUACAGGUAUGGGCGGGGUCACCAACAGGUGCAACAAUGGAUGAGGGACCCUGACUUUGGACCCUUUCAUCUGCUGCUAUAAUAUAUACAAGUAACUGCCAAAAUAAAGGAAACAGCAACAUAAAGUGUCUUAGUAGGAUGUAGGCCUACCGUGAAUCAGAACAGCUUCAAUGUACCUUGGCAUAGAUUCUACAAGUGUCUGGAACUCUAUCGGAGGUGUGCGACACCCAUCUUCCUCGAGAAAUUCCAUUAUUUCGUGCUUUGUUGAAGGUGGUGGAAAACACUCUCAGGCGCCGCUCCAGAAUCUCCCAUAAGUGUUCGAUUGGGUUGAGAUCUGGUGACUGA